AUGUCGUACUACUUCGCCAUCGUCGGCACGCAAGACAACCCCCUCUUUGAGUAUGAGUUCGGCACCUCCAAGCAGGGCGGCGACGGCCAGUCACGCUUCAACGAACAGAUACGCCAUCUGAAUCAGUUUAUCCUGCACAGCAGUCUGGAUAUAGUAGAGGAGGUACAGUGGGCGCAGGGGCAAAUGUACCUAAAGGUCGUCGACAAGUUCUUCAAUAAUUACGUCUCGUGUUUUGUAACGGCCGGCAAUGUCAAGUUCCUCCUUUUGCACCAGCCCUCCGCCCCUUCGAGCACGGCGUCAUCGCGAUCGUCUGCGGCCAUCGGCGCCAAUCCUACGAGCCCCGCGACUGAGGAGGCCAUCAAGAACUUCUUUCAAGAGGUUUACGAGAACUGGGUUAAGGCUAUCAUGAGCCCUUUUUAUAGACUUAAUAUGGAGAUUAAGAGCCCGGUGUUUAGAGCCCGAGUGGCUGCAGCAGGAAGGAAAUACCUAUAA